AUGACCAGCAGAUUUGAGAAAUUCUCAGAGAGAGCACGAAGGGUGCUAUCGCUGGCUCAGGAAGAGGCCCAGCGGUUUAACCACAACUACAUAGGCACGGAGCACAUCCUUCUCGGCCUUGUCCGGGAGACGGAGGGUGUGGCGGCCCGCGUCCUGUCCAAUCUGGGGGUAGAGCUGAGCAAGAUUCGGUCUGCGGUGGAGUUUAUUAUCGGGCGCGGCGAGAGGCACACCCCGGGCGAGAUAGGACUCACUCCCAGGGCCAAGAAGGUCAUUGAAUUGGCGGUCGACGAAGCUCGCCGGCUGAACCAUCACUACAUAGGCACGGAGCACGUCCUCAUCGGCCUUAUGCGGGAGGGCGAAGGUGUUGCGGCGGGUGUGCUGGAGAGCUUGGGGGUAACGCUGGACAGGGUCCGGGCGGAGACCAGCCGCAUACUCAGUCAGAGCGUCGGCCAGGAGCGCGGCGGGUCCUCCAAGGCGACUACACGCACACCUACUCUUGACCAGAUGGGCGUAGACAUUACCAGCGCCGCUCGCGCGGGCAAGCUGGACCCGGUGGUCGGCAGGGAGAAGGAGAUCCAGAGGGUUGUCCAGAUACUCAACCGGCGCACCAAGAACAACCCCGUGCUUAUUGGCGAGCCGGGCGUAGGCAAGACCGCUAUAGUGGAGGCCCUUGCCCAGCGUAUCAUCAGCGGCGACGUGCCCGAGAACCUCCAGGGCAAACGCCUGGUAACCCUAGACAUGGGUUCCCUGGUGGCGGGGACCAAGUACCGGGGUGAGUUCGAGGAGCGGCUUAAGAAGAUACUGGAGGAGAUACGCGGGUCCGGGCUCUGUGUGCUCUUUAUCGAUGAGAUACACACUAUGGUAGGCGCCGGAGCGGCGGAGGGAGCGGUCGAUGCCGCCGACAUUCUGAAGCCCGCCCUGUCCCGGGGCGAGAUCCAGACCAUCGGCGCGACCACCCUUGACGACUACCGCAAACACGUGGAGAAGGACAAAGCCUUGGAGCGCAGGCUCCAGCCCGUCUAUGUGGACGAGCCUUCCACCGAAGACACCAUAGAGAUUCUUCGCGGGGUGAAGAGUCGCUAUGAGGAGCAUCAUCGCCUCACCAUCUCGGACGAGGCUCUGCAAUCGGCGGCGAGCUUGGCGUCACGCUAUAUCGCCGACCGCUUCCUGCCGGACAAGGCCAUAGACCUCAUUGAUGAGGCCUCCUCCCGGGUUCGGAUUCGCAGCAGUUCCACGCCGCUCUCCGUGAAGGAGUCAAUGAAGGCCCUUGAGGGCGUCCGGCGCGAGAAGGACGAAGCCCUUGCCAGCCAGGAGUACGAGUACGCCGCCGAGAUGCGGGACCGCGAGCUCAAGCUGGCCGAAAAGCUGGAGAGCAUGGAGAAGGAGUGGGAGUCCGAGAAGGACGGAAGUGAUGUCGUGGUGACCGAGGACGACGUUGAGGAAGUGGUGAGCAUGUGGACGGGUAUCCCGGUUACUCGCCUGGCUAUGGAGGACGCCGAGCGCCUCCUGCAGAUGGAGAGCGCACUGCACGACAGGAUCAUCGGCCAGGACGAGGCCAUCAAGGUUGUCUCCAAGGCCGUGCGCCGCGCGAGGGCCGGAGUUAAGGACCCGCGUAGGCCAAUCGGCAGCUUCAUUUUCCUGGGCCCAACAGGCGUGGGAAAGACAGCGCUGGUGAGAACCUUGGCUGAGUUCAUGUUCGGCAGCGAAGAGGCGAUGAUACGCCUUGACAUGUCGGAGUUCAUGGAGAGACACAGCGUGGCCCGGCUGGUGGGAGCGCCCCCAGGCUACAUAGGCUACGACGAGGGCGGCCAGCUCACUGAGGCGGUGCGCCGUCGCUCCUACUGCGCCAUACUCCUGGACGAAAUCGAGAAGGCCCAUCCGGAUGUCUUUAACAUUCUGCUCCAGAUAUUUGACGACGGCCAUCUGACAGACGCCAAGGGUCGCAGGGUGGACUUCCGCAACUCCAUCAUCGUAAUGACCAGUAACCUCGGCUCGGACCUGAUAAAGCGAGACACAGCAAUGGGAUUCGCGAUGAAUGCCGACGAGGCCAAGACGUCAGAGCAGCAGUACGGGCGGAUGAAGGAUAAGGUGAUGGACGAGGUGAAGCGCUCCUUCAGGCCGGAGUUCCUCAACCGCAUCGACGGCACGGUGGUGUUCCACGCCCUGAACAAGGAUCAUAUCCUUGAGAUAGUGGAUUUGAUGCUCAAGGACGUCCACGACCAGCUGCUCAAGGACAAGAACGUUGAGAUGGAAGUGACUCCGGUGGCCAAGACCCUCUUGGCGGAGAAGGGUUACGACCCCAACUUCGGCGCCAGGCCUCUCCGCAGGGUCAUCCAGGACGAGAUAGAGGACCGGCUGUCCGAGGAGUUGCUGACAAGCCAUAUGCAGGCGGGAGACACGGUGGUUAUUGACGUGGAGGAGGAUCAGUUCGUGAUCCACACCAAGACCAGAAUUGCACGACAUUCGGGUGAGAGCAGUAUGAGCAGAGAGCAACUACGGACAGUCUACUCGUGCCGGGAGUGCGGAGCGGAGGCCCUGAGAUGGGAGGGCCGCUGCCCGUCGUGCGGUGAGUGGAAUACGCUGACUGAGGUCCCGCGGAAUCCUGUCAAAGGGAGCAACUCAUGGCUGCCGUCUCGCUCGGAAGCUCCCCAGGAGCUCUCCGGCGUGAGUCUGGAGCAGUGGCCUCGGAUACCAUUGUCCCUGGAUGAGUUCAAUCGCGUGCUUGGAGGGGGGUUGGUGAGGGGUUCACUGGUGCUGGUGGGCGGCGACCCUGGAGUCGGCAAGUCCACGCUCCUGUUGCAGAUAAGCGGCGCCCUUGCCAAAGAAUCCGGCCCCGUCCUCUACGUGUCGGGCGAGGAGUCCCUUCAGCAGAUCAAGCUCAGAGCCGAGAGGCUGGGCAUUGGAGGGCAGGGGCUUCACGUGCUGGCAGAGACGGAUAUGAACUCGGUGCUUCAUCACCUGGACAGCUUUGCUCCCACUAUGGCGGUUAUAGACUCCAUCCAGUCCAUGGAGUUCCCCGACCAAUCGGGAGGCCCCGGGGCUAUCGGGCAGGUCAGAGCGUGCGGGCUUGCCUUGCUGAGGUGGGCCAAAGCCAGAGGAGUUCCCACAUUUGUCACCGGCCACGUCACCAAAGAGGGGAGCCUGGCCGGUCCACUUGCGCUUGAGCACAUGGUGGACGUGGUGCUGUACCUGGAGGGUGGCAACUUAGGGUCUUACAGGCUGCUUCGCGGAGACAAAAACCGCUUCGGCUCAACAAACGAGAUAGGCGUAUUCGAGAUGCGGGACGGCGGGCUGACCGAGGUGCCCAACCCAUCGGAGAUAGCCCUGGCAAGCCGGAGCAAGAACGCAGUGGGUUCGGUCAUAGUGCCCGGUGAUGGAGGGUACGAGGCCACUGCUGGUUGA